GGCUUGAAAAUGGAUGAUCCAUACCAUAUAAUUAGGGUUGAGAGUAUUGAACUGAGACCAUGCAUGUAAUAAUCUUUCUCAUAAGAAAAAUCGAGUAAAUGAAUAAUAUAAUGAAUUAGAGCGUAGAGAUUCUCAUUUUCCAUCACGGGAAAUCCUAUAAAUGGGGAGUCAAAUCGAAGGCUAAUCACGAAGGGGUCAGAGAUUUUGGAGUAAUUAAGCAAGAAGAAGAGAGAUCAGGAUGGGGCUGUUGGCGAAGAAGAGCAGCAGCAAUAAUGGCGGUCUCUUAGCCAUCUUUCUGGUCUUUGCUGCUUCUGGGCUUGUGCAGGUCGUCUAUGGGGCUCUCGUGGCUUGCCCCUACCAGCGGAGUCCAUGCUUUCGCAAGAAAAUGUCCUGCCCUGAUGAGUGCCCGACAAAUGCCCCAACCAACCCGAAAGCGAAGGUCUGCUAUGUUAACUGCAACUCUCCCAUCUGCAAGCCCGAGUGCAGAAAUAGGAAGCCCAACUGCAAUGCCCCUGGAGCUGCGUGCCUGGACCCGAGAUUCAUCGGCGGGGAUGGCAUAGUCUUCUACUUCCAUGGCAAGAGCAAGGAGCACUUCAGCCUAGUCUCUGACCCGAACCUCCAAAUCAACGCCCGUUUCAUUGGUCUCAGGCCUGUGGGCCGAACCCGGGACUUCACCUGGAUCCAGGCCCUCGGGCUCCUCUUUGGUUCCAAGAGCUUCUCCCUUGAGGCCACCCGGGCCGCUGCGUGGGACCCAGAGAUUGACCACCUGAGGUUCUCUUACAACGGCGAGGAGCUGGCAAUACCCGAAGGCAUGCUCUCGGCAUGGGAGUCCCCGGAUGGCAGCCUCCGAGUGGAGAGGAGCUCCGACAAGAACAGUGCCACUGUGACCAUCCGGUCUAUCGCAGAGAUCUCGAUCAAUGUUGUACCGGUAACGAAAGAGGACGAUCGCAUCCACAACUACCGGCUCCCAUCCGAUGACUGCUUUGCCCACUUGGAGGUGCAGUUCAGGUUCUAUGGCCUGUUACCCGAAGUCGACGGGGUGCUUGGGCGGACCUACAGGCCGGACUUCGAGAACCCGGCAAAGCCUGGUGUGGCAAUGCCCAUGGUUGGAGGGGAGGACAAGUUCAGGACGACAUCCCUUUUGGCGGCUGAUUGUGCCACUUGUAUCUUCUCGCCGGUCGCGGUAACACGUGGCCAGCAGGGUUUGGCGGUGGUGGAUUAUGGCACUCUAGACUGCACCGGUGGGGCCACCAGUGGGAAUGGCAUAGUGUGCAGGAGAUAAAUCAUUUUAGGGAAAAUUAAUAACAUUUGAAGCUACUAAUCGUCCAUAUCGAAUUAUAUCGUCAUUUAAAUUGAAAUGAUUCCAAACCAUUAUAAAUCAGGGCUAGUCCUGGUAUUAUUUCGAAUUUCCAUUUUUCGAGAAAAAUAGGGAUUCAUUAAGUCGAGAAUCUGUUUUAUUAGGAGUCAAUUAAUGUGUGAUUAUAAGCGAUAAAUUGGAUUGUUUAGUCUUUCAAUUUUAUGCGGUGUAAACCCCGGCAUCCAAAAG